CACGAUUUUGCUAUGUUCAGAAGUUGCGAUAUUUUCAAUGGCAGCUUUGAUACCACCACUGUCAUUCAGACCCACUCAAACAAUCACCCUGAGCUUCCCUCUCAUCUACAGAUCCUCCCCUAAAUCAUUUGCAACAAAAAUGGCUUUCCGUGUCACUGCCGCUGCCGCCUCUGCUUCCGCCAUCACUACAAGAAAGCUUCCCGUUUUGCUGUUCGACAUAAUGGACACGAUUGUUCGCGAUCCUUUUUACCACGACAUCCCUGCAUUCUUCGGAAUGUCCAUGAAGGAACUAUUAGACUGCAAACAUCCUACAGCGUGGAUCGAGUUUGAAAAAGGUCUUAUUGAUGAGAUGGAACUAGAAAGAAUAUUUUUCAAAGAUGGAAGACAAUUUGACUUGGAAGGUCUCAAAAGUUGUGUAAGUCAAGGUUACUCCUAUAUUGAAGGUGUUGAAGAACUUCUUAGUACACUGAAAGAUAAUGGCUAUGAGAUGCAUGCUUUUACAAAUUACCCAAUAUGGUACAAAAUGAUAGAGGACAAAUUGAAGAUUUCCUCUUACUUAUCUUGGACAUUUUGUUCAUGUAUAAUGGGAAAAAGAAAGCCUGAUCCCCUUUUCUAUUCAGAAGUUAUAAAGUACCUUGACACCGAGCCACAUAAUUGUGUCUUUAUUGAUGACAGGAUGAAGAAUGUAGAGGCUGCAAAAGAAGCUGGCAUCAUUGGAUUACAGUUCAAGAAUGCAGAUUUGUUGAAGCAGGAUUUAUCUCUUUUGGGCAUCAAAUUUGAAAACAAGAACAUGAAAAACAAGUUUGAGCAAACACAUGGACUAUGAAACUAUGAAACCAUCCCCUAUAAUGGUUCAUACAUUUUUAGCAUUUCUUUU